AUGACCGUCGAGUGCUAUUUUAAAGAUAGUUUUUGCCCUGCAAACUUUGAUUCGAAUGAGUGGAAUCCAUACCAGCGUAAUCCUCGCGUGGCUCAUCACGCAAAUGGACAACUUAACUGUGAAAAACCUGACAUUUACAUAUGCGAGGAACCGCCAAAUCCAAUAUCGACGGAUGCCGGAAAGGCUUGCAAUUACCGCAAUAUUUGGUACCAUGAGCAGGUUUUUAGAUGGGUCGCGGGAAGGGGAUGCCUUUUCUACACUCCAGACUUUCUUUACGUGGGGGGUACAAACCCUAUUAAUUUGAACGCAGCGUGUGUCUAUAGGAAUAUGCUCGCACCAUGCUUGGAAGUUGUUAAAGAGGAUGGCACCUGCGGUUGCUAUCCGUUUGAUCCCAGUUUCGAAGAGGUUGCAGUAACAGUACGUAAAGCAUUAAUACCAUCAGCUCAAAGACGAUGGGAAAACUGUUAUUAUGCAGCUAGUGACUGUUGUAGUCACUUUAUGGAUGGAAAUAUGGAUGCCAAUGGAACAGACGACCAUGUGUGUCACUGCGUACCAACAUUCGACGCCUGGUCCUGUUGGGGUGCUGCACAAAAUGGCACCAUUGCUGAAAAUGUGUGCCCAGAGUUUGCCUACUCAAACUCCGGGCCUUCCUGUUAUCAUUACAGCACAAAGGAGUGCUACUCGAACGGCACGUGGGAGCAGCGCACGGAGUACGGCUCGUGCAGCGUCACGCCGCGGCUCGUCGGCCGCUACGGCUACCACGUCGCCAUGCUGGCGUUCUCCAGCGCCUCGUGUCUUCCCGCCAUCUUUAUAUUCUUCAUCUACAAGCGGCUGCGCGUCAUUCGCGUAGCUUUACACAGGAACCUGCUCAUCGCUAUCGCUGUGAGGAAUAUCCUCGUCAUAGUCAGUAGAACUGAGAUCUACAUAGACGAGUUAACCAGCAUAGAUGACACCGCAAUGUCUGUCCACAGCAUAGCUUGUAGAGUUCUAGCAGUGGCGGAGCGUGUUGCUGGUAACGCAGUGUUUGUGUGCAUGUUAGUAGAGGGAAUUUAUUUGCACAGACUGAUAGUAGCAGUUUUCAGACAGAAGUUAAAUGUGUCAUUGCUAUAUGGAAUUGGAGCAGUUAUCGCCAUAGUCCCCGUUGUUGCAUGGGCAACAGUAAUGGGUCUACACAACGACCAUUCCUGCUGGGUGGUGUAUACAGUAGAGCAUAUACAGUGGAUACUAGACGGUCCACGGAUAUUUAUCUUAGUUCUAAAUACAAUAUUAUUCAUCGAUGUGUUAAGAGUUUUACUCACAAAACUUCGGAACUCGGAAAACGCUAACCAAUUGAGCACGGCAAAAGCAACGUUAUUCCUUAUGCCGCUAUUCGGGACUCAGUUCAUCUUCACUGCGAUCAGACCGAACACGACAAAUUGCUUGUACGAGCAGGUGUAUUACUUUGUAGCUUACACGAUAGAGGGCUUGCAGGGGUUGCUCGUCUCUUUACUCUACUGCUACGCUAAUAAAGAGGUCCACGCACUUAUAAAAGCGACGUAUAAGAAGACAGAGAACGUAGUAGUUUCGCAUAUAAGAGGCUCAAACUAUCCCAGAAAUAGUGUCGAUCCUCAAUCAGAUCGAAGACAUACAUACAGCACCGGUCUUCAUUCCCAAAACACAGACUACAUGAAGAACAGAUAUUCAACAAUAACACCCAAAUUACACGUCGCUGAAAUAAUUUCUAUACAAGCAAGCGAAAGAUUAGCAGAAAUACUAGAACCUGUGUAUGAAACUAUUGAUAAUGGUAUUGUAAAUGAAGGCUACGAUUACUUGGAACGGUCUGAUAAUGACUCGGGGUAUAUGCCUAGAAACUCUAAAGUAGAAGAAUAUUAUGGCUUUACAAAUGCAUCUAGUAUUUCUAUAGGAUGUCCAGAUUGGCUUAAAUUUGCGUCACCACCUGAAAGUGUAUACAAUAAUUCAAUUGACACAUCCGACGUACUGAAUAAAGAUAAAACUGUGAUACCAUUGGUAAACGACGGAGAUGCAUCAGUAGAUCAAAAACAACAAGAAAAUAUAUCUUUGUCUGAAGUAAAUGGCUAUAAGAGUCCGAUUGAAGUCAAUUCUGAUAACGAUAAUGCAAAUGCAUCAACAGAGGUCGAUAGGACCGUACCAGAAAUAGUUACAGAUAUAGAAUUAAAAAAUUCUGACGAUAAAACAAUGCUAGAUGAAAUAAUGCAAUAUAUAGUUACAAAUAGGAACGAAGAUGUUAAGCUGAACCCUGAACUUCUGUUACCUAAUAGACCUGAUGGGGAGAAAAUUGUAUUUUUAGAUCCCUAAAUAGUAGAUUUAUUUUGUAGUCUUUAUUCUUCGCUGACUUACUUUAGAUUACAAAUUUGUUUUAUAUACUAAACGUAAUUUUAUUAAUAUAAUAUUCAGAUA